CCCGCCUACACCCUUCCUGUAAUCACUGCCCCGGUCACACACCCGGGGAGCCCCUGUAUACUGGGUGGGCUGUUCCGGGACAAGCCUCGCCUCUCCACUCUGUCACUUCCUGUCCCGGGCCGGCCGGUGUUGGCUGUGUCUCCUCCCGGUCUAGGCCUUCCGCGGCCCCGAUGGAUUUUACAUAGUGUGACCGACCGUUGUCCCGUGUCUGAAGCUGGGGCGAUGGCGUCGGCUCCCCGUUGCCCGGCGCUGUGCUGCUGUCGCCGCUCUCUACACCCCGGGCCAGGCUCGGACUCCCCGCAGCCCUUUCAGCCGGGACCCCCUGACCCAGCUUCGGCCUCCAGCUUCCAGCUGUACCGCCUGCAUCACUUCCACCUGGGGCUGGAGCUCCGGCCGGAGUCCCGGGAGCUGUCCGGUUGCUUGGUACUUGAGCUUAGCUGUCUGGUGCCAGGCGGGCCGGCUCUGGUUCUGGACAUUCACCCCGUGGUCAGGGUGAGCUCUGUGCGGUGCAGAAGAGGGGGAAGACCGAGCAGGAGCCACACUGAUAGACCUUUUCCAUGGACUAGUCAGUCCUGCCCACCUAGAGACCACUCUGCUCAGAGAAACUGCCCAGCCAGGGACCCACCAGGUGACCAGUCCUGGAACCCUGAGGACUCUACACAUGGCUGCCAGGAGGAGUGUAAACCAGACUUGGGGCUCUCUGAUUCACCCUCCAGCCCUCAGACCACUGUCCCUUCAUACUAUGCCACCCCUGAAUCCUCUACAGCCAGCCCAGAUACAGCAGAAGGCACCCCACAACCCCUUGACCUGUCUAUCUCGCAUCUAAAAAGUUCUACUUCCUUGCCACAUGUUGUACCCGGUGACUUUUCUUGUGGCCCGGACAAUUCUGCUGUUUCAGCCGCUGGUACAGGUUGUCCCACCAUGAAUGGUCACCAACACUUGACCUCUCUCAAUUCAUGCGUUUCUACGUUGGCGCCGUUUACAUCCACCAGUUCCCCAACUGCUGACCUGUCUUCCCACUCAUCUUCGUCAUGCUACACCUGGUCCUUGGACUCUCUGGGGUCCCCUACACCAGACAGCGGCUUUGCAACUUCUAGUAUACCUGCUCUUUUCUCGUCAAUGGACAUUCCUGCGUUGGAAGCACUGCCUUGCACUUUUAGUCAACCUUGUGAGUUCCAUGUUGCCAGCGACUCUGUGCCCGCUCACUCCACCUGCUGCUUUCCGUUGGACUUUAGGGUUGAAGAGUUUUCGGAUUACGGCUCCGCUCUUGCCAUCACUGUGCCUGAAACCCUGCGAACAAAUGAGACGUUCCAGGUCAUUGUACACUACGUCACGGGCGAGGGUCCUGCGGUAUGGUGGCUGGAUCCUGAACUCUCCUAUGGAAGCUCAGAGUUGUUUGUGUUUACUCAGGGGCACUCUGUUUGCAAUCGCUCCUUCUUCCCAUGUUUUGAUACACCAGCUGUAAAGUGUACUUACUCUGCCUCUGUCAAGGCUCCAGCAGGAAUUCGGGUGCUUAUGAGCUGUACUCACAGUUAUUACAUAGAAGAAAUGGGCAUCUUCCACUUCUACAUGGAACAUCCUGUUCCUGCCUAUUUAGUGGCCCUGACCGCAGGUCAUUUGCUUCCAGCAGACAUUGGCCCCAGAAGUCGGGUGUGGGCUGAACCCUGUGUUCUGCCUUUGGCUGUGGGUAAACUGGCUGGCCAAGUAGAGCAGUGGCUUCAGGCUGCAGAGAGUUUGUAUGGACCUUAUAUCUGGGGAAGGUACGAUAUUGUCUUCCUGCCCCCAUCCUUUCCGAUUGUUGCCAUGGAGAACCCGUGCCUGACAUUCGUCAUCUGUUCCAUCUUGGACAGUGAAGAUUUCUUGCUUAUUGAUGUCAUCCAUGAAAUUGCACAUGGCUGGUUUGGGAAUGCAGUCACUAAUGCCAGCUGGGAGGAAAUGUGGUUGAGUGAAGGUUUGGCAACCUACGCCCAGCGCCGUAUCACCACUCUUGUUUAUGGUGCUGCCUUCACGUGUCUAGAGACCACUUUUCGCCUUGAAGCUUUGCACAGACAGAUCCGAAUCCUUGGUCAGGAUACACCAUUCAGCCGGCUACAGGCCAAACUGGAUACAGGUGUGAACCCUAGUAACCUCAUGAACUUAUUCACCUAUGAGAAGGGCUUUUGCUUUGUGCACUAUUUAUCCCAGUUAUGUGGAGACCAGGACAACUUUGAUGCCUUCCUCAGGGAUUACAUUGAGAAGUUUAAGUUCCGCAGUGUUGUAGCAAAUGAUCUGCUGGAGUCUUAUCUCAGCUUUUUCCCUCAUUUAAGGGAUGAGAGCCAAUUAUGUAGUGAAGGCCUGGAUUUCGAACGCUGGCUUAAUGCUCCAGGGCCUCCUUUGACCCAGCCAGAUCUUUCUCAGGGAUCUGUGUUCACUUCAUCAGUUGAAGAAUUGAAUCGGCUGUGGAUGGCUGAACCUCUGGAUAUUGAAGCCGCUGUCACCUUUGUCAAUAUUGCAAAAUGGCGAACUUUCCAGACUGUUCUCUUUUUGGACAAGCUGUUAGAUCAAUCUCCACUGCGACCAGAGGUAAUGCUCCAGCUGUCUCUGUGCUAUUCUUCUGACCUGGCUACUAUGAAUACAGAAAUCCGGAUCCGCUGGUUACAAAUUGUGGUGCGAAAUAACUUCCAGCCAGACUUGCCCAGAGUGCGCCACUUCCUACUCUGCCAAACAUCCAGGAUGUACACUAUCCCACUUUAUGAAGAUCUUAGCGCUGGACCACUGAAAUCUUGUGCCCUGGAAAUCUUCUGUCAGACUCAUGGACGAUUACAUCCGAAUCUACGUAAAACCAUCCAGCAGAUCCUGGCUCAGGGAGGUUCUGUGAUGCAGCCAGACUCUUCCUUGCCUGCGCUGUCUACUGAGCUCUGUACACAAGGCUCUUCCUCUCUCAGGGAUGUGAAUGUGACAGCCUGACGGAGCUCACCCAGCAAUGAUGCACCUGCUAAGUAACUCCUAAUCCUAGCUGGCUGUGCCUUGUCCAGACCCAGCAGGCAAGUGGGAGUGCUGUGGAAAUUUUGCACUGGAAUGGAUUAUGCAAAGUACUAUCCAAUCCAAUUCUAUUCUGUUGGGGGCAUUGAAGCCCCAAGGUCUGGACUUUUCUAUGAUUAGCCUUCAGAUGGCAGUUAGUUGCCAAUGGUGCAUAUAUUUUGUUUGGAGUAAAGAGCCUGCUGUGGGACUGCUAAAGUUGAUUUAAAUACAUCUAUGCAUUUUAUAUCUUAUUUACAGUACAGUACAUUACAAUAGACAUCUUUCUAUUGACGAUAUUUGUUGAUUUAAAGUCCCUGGAAAAAAGAAUUUGUUAAA